AUGAAUUUCCUUCCCAAAACAAGAACGUCAUUCGUGCGUGCUAUCGUCAAUGUUAGAAUGUAUGCAGGCGAACCUGGAUCUGGAGCCGGUAAGGGUGGUGGUGGUGGUGGUUCGAUUCGAGAAGCCGGUGGUACCUUCGGUAAAAUGGAAGCUGCUAGAGAAGAUGAAUACUUCUACAAGAAGCAAAAGGAACAACUAGCAAACCUGAAGGGGCACUUGAACAAGGAGAUUGCCUUCCACCAGGAGCAGAUCAAACGACAUGAGGAUGCGAUCAGGCGUCACAAAGAACAAAUGUCUGACAUUGAAAAGCCCCAAUGA